AUGGAUGCGCAGAAUGCUGCCGGGCCCGACAAGACGAAGCCUGCCGCCGCUGCUGCUUCCGAAUCAACCAAGCGACCCGACCAUGACCCGGACCAGAACCGAUCGUCAUCUUCGUCGACCUCUGCUAAACCUCCCGCAGCCGCCUCCAAGCCAUCUCCUAAUGCGGACAAGGAUGUAAAACUCAACACGAACUCGUCCGCUGAUGCAGGUGACGACCGUAGCGUAGCCGACGCGGCCAGCUCCGACGCUGAAACCAUUGUGCUGCCGGGCAAGGACGGCCACUCGCCUUCCAAGGUUCGAAAGGUAAAGCAUGAGAACAGGAGCGAUGAUGACAUUCCUGCAACUGCAAGAAAAUCGAGAGAUCGUGAUCGAGAUCAUGGAAAUGACCAUGGUGGUCAACGUGACCACCGUGACAAGGAGAGGGACAAAGAUGGUCCUCAUGGUAGAGAAAAGGAGAGGGAGAGAGAAAGGGAGAGGUCUGCGACAACUGGUGCCUCUGCUUCUGCAUCAAAUAGCGCUGCGCCUUCACCUUCUCUCAAAAAGAAGCGACUACCUGAAAAACUCUCUGAAAAUAAACCAUCCUUGCCAGCUCCAGGUCAAAGAAACAAAGACACCUCAGCGUCGACUCCGACCUCCCCUCCACCGAAACGCCGCAGGUCUACCGAUACGAACCCCCGUCAAUCCCACGCCGACUCCGAUUCAGAUAAUGCCCGUCACAGGUCGCCGAAGGCAUCCAAGGAGAGGGCAAAAUCAUCUGACAAGGUUAUCCCCCACAAGAGGAAGGCGCCUAAAGUCGAAUCCGAGGACGAGGAGGAGCAGCGAAAAGCCCGCCGUCAACGGACCGCUCCUGCCUCGACCGGUCCUUCUGGCGGCGACUCCCACUCCGCCUCUCAUUCCCACGCGCACGCUCACCCAUCAAAACACGGUCGAGACCAGCAAAAAUCUUCCAGGCCACACGACCAGACAACUGCUCGUGGAAGAUCUGUUUCCCCCCAGCCUCGCCCUCACCGCCGCAGCGCGUCUACUCAAUUACCAUCACAGUCAAUAACUGGCCUCAGUCAGAAGAAGAAACGCGUGCCUGCGCCGCUUCAAUCCACAGACUACCAUUCGGACGAGUCUUCUGCAAGCGGAAGCCCUCAUCCGAGGAGCUCCAAAUUGCGAAGCUUGGCCACUCCCGCAACCGCCGACUCCACCAUUUCUCCCGCCAAAAUGGCCCCUCACAAGAAGCACCUUGAUGCGCACGGUCAAACAUUCCUGGCCCGCGCCUGCGCCCGCGGCGAAUACGAGCAAGCCAAGCAACGCCUCACCGAGCGGCCCGAUGAUUUGAAUGUUGCCGACUAUGCCGGAAAUACGCCCCUCCAGAUUGCCGCAAUUAACGGCUGCGAGGAUAUCGUCAAGCUUUUGAUCGAUGCGGGUUGCAAUCUCGACUGCGUAAAUUACGACAAAGAUACGCCUCUACUAGAUGCCGUCGACAAUGGCCAUCUCGGCGUGAUCAAGCUGCUGCUCGAUGCCGGCGUGAAUCCUCGCAAGGCCAACGUAAAUGGUGAAGAACCCAUUGACAGAGUAAAUGAUGACAUGGACAACGCGGACGAGAUUCGUGCGGUCCUUAAGGAGGCCAGGCAGCGCAUAGGCGACAGGCGACGAACUUCCGAAGAACAUCACAACGAACGUACCGAUAGUCGCCCUUCUCAUGGCCCCGAGAGUCCCCGUCGCUCCCCCGUCGCUACCUCGCAUGGGAUAGCGGCUUCAGGGCGACGAAGCACCAACAUGAGGGCCACAAAGACGAGCAAUCACUUACUUUAUAUGCCCAUGGAUGACAAGACACUCCGCCAAGCUGCCGGUCGUGGAGACGAGGAAACUGUUACGCGCAUUUUGCAAGUCCGGGACGGCUGCGACGACCCGGAGGCCAUGGUCAAUGCUGCCCGUGGUGGGCACGACCUCGUUAUGCAGCUUCUUCUCGCGUUGGGCGGCGCGAACCCCGAUCCUCCUCCAGUACCGAACGUUGCUCCCGAUGUCGCUACCCCCAUGUUGGCUGCGAUAGGUCAGGAAAAUAUCAAAGUCAUACAGCUCCUUCUCGACCAGAACAACUUUGAUCCGACCAGAAGGUUUAAGGGAGACACCUACUACGAGAUAGCACGUCGCCGAGCUGGCCCGAAUUGGAAGGAGGAGGAGCAUAUAUUGCAGAAGGCCUAUGACGAAUAUAAGAAAUCGAGGUCUAAGGAAUCUUCUAAGAAGUCACCUAGCCGGAGGGAGCGCGAGAAGGAGAGGGAGGCCGAGCGCGAGCACAAACGUGCUAAUCGGAACGAAGCUAGGGAAGAGUCUGCUCGCUCCGUCAAACGUAGCCACGCAGCGAGCCCUUCACGCGACGCCCCCGAACCGAAGAAGAAGACAACGUCCUCAUCAAAAGCCGCGUUGAGCCCGAAGGAGAAGAAGCGCCCAGAGCCGCCUACUCGCCACGAUGACCACCACACAUCUCCGAAGCGCGGACCGGGCCGUCCCAAGAAGGAUGAUCGCGUCCCCUCCAUCGCGGUAUCCGACCGCGAGAACUCGCCCGCGGUCCACAAGCAAACCAAGGCCAAGCGGACAGAGUCGGAUUUAGCCGCCAUCUCAUCGGAAGGUGAGACUGCCAAGCCGCGGAGGAAACUGAUAUCGAAGGGCGAACUGCGCAGCGAGCGAGAGAAGCAGAGGCGGACGAGUCAGGUCUCCACCGGAUCGUCGAUGAAGGAUCCAGCAAGCCCUCAAGAUUCUCGAACCGAUGAUCACCCUGAGAAGGAAAAGCUCAAAGGGGAAAAGUAUCAUGACCGGACAAAGGCGAUCAAGCGCGACGAAUCCAAGGACCGCUUAUCCGUAUCUGGAGAAAACAGCUCGAAGCGGCACAGAUCCAGUGCGACUCCUCCUCACUCCGUUAGCGGCGACAAGGAGGACAGCGAAGUCCCUACGAAGCGGCGACGAUUGGACGUUGACGGCAAGGAACGACGCCCGAAACUUAGUUCCUCUGCCGCUGAAGAUCGCCCCGCGAAGUCCAAUCUCUCACGAGAGCAGUCUCUUGCUAGGUCUAUGAAAUCAGCCAAGGCGAGCGCGAUCAAGGCUCGCGAUGACGAUGACAGGAAGGAGCCGAAGGCCAAGAAAUCCUCAGAAUCCAACAGGCGCGAGUCAAACAAGUCCACGUCUAGCGAGAAGUCCAUCCAUGUUAAAUACGAGGACGCUGAUGUAGAUAUGGCAGACGCACCUCCCCUGGCGCGCAGCAACGAAGCUGAGGCUAAGUCCAAGGAUAAUCACCAGCAUCACGGCCAAGACAAGAAGCGGUCUGCCGAUGAUGCCGACGUUACCGCGUCUAAGGAGGAAAAGAAGCGCCGGGAUGCCGAGGAGAAAGAAAAGGAAAAGGAGAGGGAGCGAGAGCGGAGGAAGAAGCGAGAAGAGGAGGAAGCCAAGCGGCUAGAAGAAGAGGCCAAACGCAAGGAGGCGGAAGAGCGGAAGCGGCAAAAGGAAGAGGAAGAGAAGAAACGUCGCGUUGAGGAGGAGAAGGAGAGGAAACGAAAGGAAGAGGAGGAGCGGAAACGCAAAGCGGAGGAGGAGGAGAAGAAGCGCAAGGAGGAAGAGGAGAAGAAGCGUAAGGAAGACGAAGAGCGCAAGAAGAGGGAGGAAGAGGAGGAACGAAAGAGAAAGGAAGAAGAAGAACGUCUGCGCCGAGAAGAGGAGAAACGCAAGAAGCGUGAGGAGGAGGAGAAGAAGCGGCUCGAGGAAGAGGAGCGCAAACGUAAAGAGGAAGAAGCGAAGAAGCGCCGAGAAGAGGAGGAGCGACGCCGUAAAGAGGAAGAAGAGCGAAAGCGAAAAGAGGAGAAAGAACGAAAGAAGCGCGAGGAAGAGGAACGGCUCCAGCGUGAACAGAUUGAACGUGAGGCAGCCGAAGCCGCCCGCCGCAAGCGCGAGGAAGAGGAGCGCCGAGAACGAGAGCACCGAGAGCGACAACGCGCUGCUCGCGAGGCGGAGAUUAGACGCCAACGAGAGGAGCAGGAGCGCAUCCGACUCGCCAAGCUGCCUCCUCUUCUGCGCUGGCUUGAGACGUGCCCGAACCCGAAGACUACAGACAUGGCUGAGAAAUUCAAGCACAUGCAGGGAAUCAGAUACGACACAAUCCGACCUGAGACUACUGGAACUGCCGACGGCAGGGAACAAUGGGUUCUCAACACCCAGGUUGCUCUCCUCCUCGGCGAGAAGGAUCUUGCCCUUUCAAGAUACACUGCAUGGGAGAAGAUUCCCGUUUCCAGUCUAGCAAAGAAGGCCAUUUGGCGACUCGAGUCUAAUCGUUACGCCCUCAUCUCAGAGAGCAUGUUUGACCUUGGUCUACAGCUCCCUAACUACUAUGGGGAAGGGAUUGACCCGUGCAGGAUGAGCUACAAAGUCAUUGAGCGACUUCGUGGCGAGGCCUGGGAUAAGUUCCUGAAACUGGACAUGUUCUUCGUCAAGCUGUCGGACCUAAUGUUUAUCGUUCCUACCAUCCCGCACUUACGCGGCAUCAGGCUCAGUGUCGAGUACCGCGAGCUUCCGGAAAACGAGAGUCAACUAUUUGGAUGGAAGGUGUCACAGAAGUGGAAGCAAGACCCGAACCCUGAUCGGUUCUAUGGCUUUGCGCCACGAAACAAGUACUACAUCAACGGCGCGCUUGUCGACGAGGAGCGACCUGGCCUUUCUGCUACUAGCAGCCAGCCCUUCCCUGAGAGGAGGGUGCCUCGCCGGAAUGGAUUCCAACAGGUGUUCCCCGAUGAUCCGGAGUAUGUCCGGCUCUGCAAGGAGCAAGGUCUUGAGCACCUGCUGGAGGAUGAAUCCCGAGGCGCGCCCAUAACCAACGGUGUCCAGACUAAUGGACCGGUCUCGGGGGCUGGCGCUCAGGUUCCCAAUGGGACGACCCACUCAGUGUCGAGCAGUGCAGCCGCUGGUAGUAGCCCGACGACAGUGGCAUCGUCUCGCAACCUGCAUAGUCCUCAACAACACUACCGACCUCUCGUUAACGGAAUCAAUGGCACUUCCAAUUAA